AUGACACAGAUCGAUGAAUUCGAUGAGAGCAACGCGGAGGAUGCCGGCAUGGGGGCCAAUGUUGGCGCUCCCUUGUCAGUAUCUGAAUUAGAGGGUCUGGGAGGCUUGACCAAGCGUGAUAUCCAGCUGCUCCACGACGGGGGUUAUUAUACCGUCGAGUCAGUGGCCUACACACCGCGCCGAGCCCUUGAGCAGAUCAAGGGAAUAUCCGAUCUCAAGGCAAAUCGGAUGAUCACAGAGGCGUCAAAACUGGUACCAAUGGGCUUUACCACCGCAACCGAGAUCCACCAGCGCCGCAGCGAGCUGAUCUGUAUCACGACGGGCUCCAAGAACCUUGACACGCUGCUGGGUGGUGGCAUCGAGACGGGCUCCAUCACCGAGAUCUUUGGCGAGUUCCGCACGGGCAAGUCGCAGCUCUGCCACACCCUGGCUGUGACAUGCCAGCUGCCCUUUGACUGCGGUGGCGGCGAGGGCAAAUGUCUGUAUAUCGACACGGAGGGUACGUUCCGGCCAAGCCGAGUACUGGCGGCGGCCAACCGCUACGGCCUGUCGGGCGAGGAGGUGCUCGACAACAUUGCCAUUGCGCGGGCACACAACUCGGACCACCAGCUGGCUCUGUUGCGCGACGCCGCCCGGAUGAUGGCCGAGACGCGUUUCAGUCUGCUGGUCAUUGACUCUGCCACGGCCCUAUACCGGACGGACUACAUGGGUCGCGGCGAGCUCAACAACCGGCAGAUGCACCUGGGCCAGUUCCUGCGGCAGCUGCAGUCCAUGACGGACACAUAUGGCAUUGCUGUGGUCAUCACGAACCAGGUGGUAGCACAGGUGGACGGCGGCCCGUCGUCCAUGUUCAAUCCGGACCCGAAGAAGCCGAUUGGUGGCAACAUUAUUGCGCACGCGAGCACGACGCGCAUCAGCCUCAAAAAGGGUCGUGCUGAGACACGCAUUGCCAAAAUCUACGACUCGCCGUGUCUUCCCGAGAGCGACUGCAUGUUUGCCAUUACGGCAGACGGCAUUGGUGAUCCGGCACCCAAGGACGACAAGGACAAGGACAAGGAUGAAUAA